UGCUCUAGUAGUUGUAAUAGAGUGGGAUAUGAUCAAGAUCCACAAUAACACUUAUUUCUUAUAAUGUUGUAUGAUUUUCUUUUCUAGUAAAAAUACCCGGAAGACAGUUUGAUCCAGAGCUACCCUUCAAUCGCCUUCGGAUUCCUGUUUACACUCCAGAGAUCGAAUUGCUCUACCCGCAAAAUUUUCGAAAACCAACAAACUCUCGAAUCAGCAACCGAAAGUGGAUUUGAAUUUGUUUUUGCUUAAGUGAGUUAGCAACAUUCAUUAGCAAGGUGUCGUCUUGUCGUGGUAUUACCUAUCCUGUGGGUUCAAUUCAUAUCCUGUGUGUGGUGUAUGUGAAUGUAAACUGUUACAAGGACAAAGCCAAAUUUGUAAAUAAAUCUGACAAGCACCAAAGCAAACCAGAUAAAGAAACAAAUGUUUUAGGGAUACCAAUAAUAUAAGAGAUAAACAAAAUAUAAUAAGAUUAAGAAACAUAUCUUAGACAUGUAUAAGGUCUAUCUUACACUCAUUAAACAGGGAACAGUAUCUCAGACAUAUAUAAACUCAAACUUGCAAGCUUACACGAAACAAAACAAAAAGAAAACAAGUUUAAUUGGUUCUUCAGGCAAGUAUGAUCAUGUGGUAUUUCUUCAUUUCUUGUAUGUGAAUGUGAUACGUCUGUAUAUACCUAAUAUUCUAAUACAAUAAUUUUUCUGGCGCUAUUGAUAUUUGCAGACACAAGUUAUAUUAUGGACUAUUCUAAGAAGUUGUUCCUAGUACUUCUCUCAUGCGUAGCGUUGAUUAUCAGCUACAACAAAGUUGAUUCCUUAAGCACAACAUCAGUCGUCGGAUUGAACUACGGCCUCCUCGGAGACAACCUCCCAUCUCCGUCAAAUGUUAUCAAGUUCUACAAAUCUCAAAAUGUGGCGAAAAUCAGGAUAUUCGAGCCAAACAAGGACGUCCUAAACGCCUUGCGUGGAAACCGAGAGAUCGGAGUCACCGUAGGCAUCAAGAACGAAGACUUGGCGGCUCUUGCAGCCAACAAAGACACAGUUAAAUCCUGGUUCGCCACUAACAUUGAUCCUUACAUAGCCGACGUCAACAUAACAUUUAUUACCGUCGGAAACCAAGCGAUCCCGGGCGACAUAUAUGGCCCCCACGUGCUUCCUGUCAUUCAAUCUCUCACCGACCUCGUCAGGUCGAGAAAUCUCCCGAUCUCGAUCAGCACCACGGUCACUACCACGAGCCUAGCUGUGUUGAAACCACCUUCCACAGGAGUUUUAACACCCCGUACACCGAUAUUCGUCAAUAUCUAUCCUUACUACUUCUAUGCGUCCGACCCAAAGAACGUCCCUCUCGAGUACACUAAUUUCAAUACCGACCAGAUCGUGGUCAAGGACGGUGCACUAAAAUAUUCCAACUUGUUUGAUGCAAUUUUCGACGCUUUUCUGUGGGCAAUGGAGAAAGAGGGAGUGAAAGGUUUACCUUUGGUGGUGUCAGAGACUGGGUGGCCCUCUGCCGGGAAUGGAGGUAUGACGACGCCGGCUCUUCAAUAUACGUACAUUGGUAACUUUGUGAAGCAUGUGGCAAGCGGUAAAGGAACGCCUAAGAGGCCAAAUAGUAGAAUUGAUGGGUAUAUAUUUGAGACAUACAAUGAGAACCAGAAGCCAGUUGGAAUCUAUCAGCAUUUUGGGUUAUACGAUCCUACCGAGCCGACGCCAAUGUAUAAGCUCUAUUGAUCCUUAAGUGUUCAGUUUUUACUUUCUUAAGAAUUUGGGUUGUCACAAAAAUGCUCUAAUAAUGGUUGUUUAGGGAUUGAAAGACCAAUGGUAAUGCCAAUACUAGCGUACCCAUUUAAUAAAACUUUUCAUUUUAAAUUUAAGUUGGUUUCGAGUUAGCCUUAUAAGAAAUUUCAGUUUAGUAUUUGCCUGUGUGGUAGUUGGAACUACUAAAUUGCAGGAAAAACAUAUCGAGGAUCAAAAGAGCUUUGGUGUUUUAUGCAGCUCCUGUAUUUUUACUAGUAAAACUUUCUUUCCUGAAUUUUUUUUUUAAAUUUUUUUAAAAUCAAAGACGUCACCCAAAGGCCAAAGCACAACGAUAAUAGGUUCAGUGAACACUAAAUCUCUGUUUCCACAAUUUGAGAAAUACAGUACAAAAAAAAAAAAAAA